AACGGCCCCUACAACACAGAAGAAAACAAUCUCGCAAUAUAACAUUCCAAAGCCCCGGGGCCUUCACUCAGAGUAUAUCCAUCAUGUCUACCACUAUCACCACCACUUUGCCCAUCACCGAGACCCUGCCCAGCGUUCUCACAGUCAAAGACGAGUCCACUCGCAACAAGUUCCCCACUCCUCCCAAGUACACCGGCGCUCUCGACAAGUACGAGAAAUUCGAUGUCACUCGCGUCGUUGGUACCGAGUUCAAGCAAGGUAUCCAAUUGGCAGAGCUUCUCAAGGCUCCCAACUCCGAUGAUCUGAUCCGCGAUUUGGCCAUCCUCGUGGCCCAGCGUGGUGUUGUCUUCCUCCGCGCGCAGGAGAUCUCCCUUCAGGAGCAGAAGGAACUUACUCAGAAGUUGGGCGCUUUGAGCGGAAAGCCUGACAGCAGUGGGCUCCAUACCCACCCACUCACCCGCGAGUUCUCUGAACUCGGCGAUGAAGUCACGGUCAUUAGCACCGAAGGAAAGAAGGGUCUUAACCGCAGACUCCGCCCGUCCUACAAGGAUGAGCGAUCCGGCCUCGCCAGCUCAGGGUGGCAUAUGGAGAUCACUUUCGAAGAGAUUCCAAGUGACUACUCCGUCUUGAAGAUGACCACCCUCCCAGAGACUGGCGGAGACACCCUUUGGGCUUCCGCGUAUGAGGCUUACGACCGCCUCUCCCCCUCGUUCCGCCAGAUACUUGAGGGCUUGACUGCCACUCAUGACUCCCCCAGAUUUGCUGAGGUGGCUGCCCGUGAUGGCUUCCAGCUCAGAACCGACCGCGGUUCUCCCCAUAACGCUGGUCUCGAUUUGGUUGCUGUUCAUCCCGUUAUUCGCACCAACCCCGUUACCGGAUGGAAGGGCCUCUUCGUCAAUAGGGGGUUCACCCGCCGCAUCAAUGAGCUCACCAAGGAUGAGUCCGACUAUAUGCUUGACUUCCUUUUCAAGCACGUCAGCGAGAACCACGAUCUCCAGUGCCGUUUGAAAUGGAUGGCAUACGAAAACAAGAACGCCCAUGAUGUCGCUAUCUGGGAUAAUCGCAGUGCUUUCCACACUGCCACAGAUGACUACUUCGACUUUGGUGGUAUCCGCAGAGGGACCAUGUUCGUUUCCCUGGGGGAGAAGCCCUACUUUGACCCCAACAGCAAAUCCCGCCGCGUGGAUUUGGGUCUUGGUCCCUUCUCCGGCCAAUUCGAAUGGCUAUAGACCUUGGAACUUGCGGAGCUAGCCCCCCUGCACAGGAGAGAAAAUAGCGCUCAUGGCCCACUGAUUCGUUACGAUUUCUUUUUUUUUUUUUGGAUUGUUUUUUUCUUUUCUUUCUUUUUUCUUUUGCAAUAUUGGGAAUGGGAGUGCAUUGGGGGGUUUUGGCUUUCCUUUUUGAAUGUUUUAAGUGUUUUAAAUGUUUUAAAUACUUUGAAUGAUUGCUUGGCGAAUAUGUAUUGGGAUUAUCAUGAA